AAUCUGAAAGUGUGAUGGUGUUGUGAAGCUAAUGAGAGCUUGUAGCUGAAGCUCUCUGAAGUUCAGUCGGAGAUCGUCUGCCUUGAUGAUCACAUCGUGAUUGUGAGUUACAAGAGUGAAACUUUUCAAGUGUGUGUGUCUUAGCAAAGUGAUUUCCACAAUGAAGAUUAUUUUUUUAGCCGCUUUUCUACUAGCGGAUGGUAUUUGGGCUGCUGAAGAACCUUCAGUGGAAAUUGUAACACCACAAUCAGUGCGGAGACACGCUACGCCAAAAGCCCAGGACGCGAGGGUAGGAAGUGAAUCCGCAACAACAGCACCAAAACCAAGUGAAUCAAUGGAUUACUGGGAGAAUGAUGAUUUCGUCCCAUUUGAGGGUCCAUUCAAGGAUAUUGGAGAAUUCGACUGGAACCUUUCGAAGAUCGUUUUUGAGGAAAACAAAGGUAAUGCCAUCUUGUCGCCACUCUCUGUGAAGCUACUAAUGAGUUUGCUCUUCGAGGCCAGUGCGUCAGGUACCUUGACCCAGCACCAACUCAGACAAGCCACUCCCACCAUCGUCACCCACUAUCAGUCUCGAGAAUUUUACAAGAAUAUCUUCGACGGUCUCAAGAAAAAGAGUAACGACUACACGGUUCACUUUGGUACGAGAAUCUACGUGGAUCAGUUUGUGACGCCUCGCCAGAGAUAUGCUGCCAUUUUGGAGAAGCAUUAUCUGACUGAUCUCAAAGUUGAGGACUUCUCGAAGGCAAAAGAAACAACUCAGGCAAUCAAUAGUUGGGUGUCAAACAUCACAAAUGAGCACAUAAAGGAUCUCGUGAAGGAGGAAGAUGUUCAAAAUUCAGUUAUGCUCAUGCUUAAUGCAGUCUACUUCCGCGGACUCUGGCGCAAGCCUUUCAAUCGUACACUCCCACUGCCCUUCCACGUGAGCGCUGAUGAGUCCAAGACGACUGAUUUUAUGCUAACCGAUGGGCUCUACUACUUCUACGAGGCAAAGGAAUUGGAUGCUAAGAUCCUCAGAAUUCCUUACAAAGGUAAACAAUACGCAAUGACUGUGAUCUUACCAAAUUCCAAGAGUGGCAUUGAUAGCUUUGUGCGUCAGAUUAACACGGUCCUCCUGCACAGGAUUAAGUGGUUGAUGGAUGAAGUGGAGUGCAGGGUUAUUCUACCCAAGUUCCACUUUGACAUGACGAAUGAGCUGAAGGAAUCGCUCGUAAAGUUGGGCAUCAGUCAGAUUUUCACAUCAGAGGCAUCUUUGCCAUCAUUAGCACGAGGACAGGGCGUACAGAAUCGUCUGCAGGUGUCUAAUGUGAUUCAGAAGGCGGGAAUAAUUGUGGAUGAGAAGGGCAGCACAGCCUAUGCUGCGUCAGAAGUGAGCCUAGUCAACAAGUUUGGAGAUGAUGAGUUCGUCAUGUUCAACGCUAAUCAUCCAUUCCUCUUUACAAUUGAGGACGAAACCACCGGCGCAAUCCUAUUUACGGGAAAAGUCGUCGAUCCCACGCAAUAGGGAAUGAAAAGCAUUUCAUCGUAUACAACUUUUUUUUUUAAUUAAUUAUUCCUGAUUGAAGGACAUUAAUAGAGCAUCUUCUCAGGAAGGCACUCCUGACUUAUUUUUACUAAAUGUGAUCCUUGGACACAUAAAAAAACAGCUGUACUUUCUACUUUUUAUAAUAUACGACCAUAUUUGUGAGAAUCA